CUCUCUGCCUCCUAGGGACCGCGUCCUCGCUGCUCAGCCACAAUCCGGAGCGCGGCACAGCGCUCCGGCACGGUGAUGCUGUACCGUUGCUUUGGGGACCCUGAGAUUAGAGCCUAGAGUCAUGGCCGCGGGCGGCGCCGCCCCAGAAGAGACCCUCGCUGUGUCCCCCAGCAAGCGCGCCCGGCCCGUGGAGGAGGGCACAUCGCGCCUCCGCUUUGUCCGGCUCUCCGAACACGCCACUGCCCCGACCAAGGGGUCGGCGCGAGCCGCGGGCUAUGACCUGUAUAGUGCCUAUGAUUAUACUGUACCACCUAUGGAGAAAGCCCUUGUGAAAACUGACAUUCAGAUAGCUCUCCCUUCUGGGUGCUAUGGAAGAGUAGCUCCACGUUCUGGCUUGGCUGCAAAACACUUCAUAGAUGUAGGAGCUGGUGUCAUAGAUGAAGAUUAUAGAGGAAAUGUUGGUGUUAUACUGUUUAAUUUUGGGAAAGAGAAGUUUGAAGUCAAAAAAGGUGAUCGAAUUGCACAGCUCAUUUGUGAAAGAAUUUUUUAUCCAGAAAUAGAAGAAGUUCAAAUUUUGGAGGACACGGAAAGGGGUUCAGGAGGCUUUGGUUCCACUGGAAAGAAUUAAUUAUACCAAGACUAGAAAAAUGGGGAAAUUACUUCUUUAUUAAAAAUAAAAUUUUGCUUAAAGUGUUUUGCUGUUUACUUGAACUUCUAAAAAUAUUUGGUUCUGUUGUGAUCAUGGGAAAGGCUCAUCUGUUGGGAUCACAUAGAAACUUACUGUGUUUUCCUAUAUCUGAUUGCUGUAUAAAUGGUGACCACCUAAUACCAAAUUUCUUUUUAAAAUUAAAUAUUAUUAAUUAUAGAUCCAAAAAAGUAUAUUGUUUUACAGUGCUAUCCUUUCAGCAACUUAGCUUGUUUUUUAUUGCUGUGCUCAAACUUAAGCAAUACCUUUCAGUCAAUGAACUUGAAUCUUCCACAAAUAUAAAAUACUGCAUUAACUAAACCAAAAGAUAAUGAAAGGAAGUUAACAGAAGCUUUCUUUCUCCCCUUCAUUGGUUCUAAAAAGUUUUUUCUUCUUUUUUAAUCUUAAGAUUCUUCUUGGGGGUGAGAGACUCUUCAGUUCAUUAUAUUUUUAGGUUUUUAGGAAAAAUCUUCCUUUUGGUAGACCCUGAUUUGACUCCUGCUUAGACUAAGUGGAAGGAAUUUCCAGUUGGUUUGUUCUUCUGAAUUCCAUCCGAUCAAGUAAAUGUACUAAGUCGGUUUACAUGAUUUCUCUUGCCAAAGUAGCAAUAAUAGUCUGUAUCCAAGAAAAUAUUCAAUUUAAUAGGAGUGAAAUUAAAUAAUGAUGAAAUAUGCUUGGGCCACUGGGUUUUUCCAUCACAAGUAUUUUUGAAUAAAUGUGUUUACAAUAGGAGACUGAUUAUGUGGGUUAGCUUGAUUCAUGUCUGUUGUGCCUUCUUUUAGGGUUGCUUUUCUUCUGUAUUUUUCCAAUCUAUUUGCACCAACUGGGGGUCUGGAGACAUUGUCAGUCAGCAUGCGUGUGAGAUUAGGGGUAUCAGGGGCUAGGUCACACAGGUGGGAGCUCUGGAUCUGCCGAUUUCUUGGAAGCAUGAGCCAGAGUUUUCUAUCCUUCAGUGGUUCUCCAGACCAUUUCAUAGGAAUGCCUUUUCCAGCUGUGGAUCACAAUUUAUUAUUGAGACAUGAAAUCAGCUGAGAGGGUCAUAAAAAAUUUGAGUAGAAAAAUGGCAGAGGACAACACAUGUCAGAAUGGUAAAUAUUGUGAAGAUUGUUUGGGUUCCAUAUUUAUGCAUGCAUCUGUACUGAGUCAUGGUAUAAAUUAUGUCUGCAGUCAAUAAAAUUCAAAUUCUU